UGGACCGUUUCCAUGGAACCGCGUUUCGUUGCACCCUCCCAUUCAUAUUAAACUCUGUGCGAGGCGGGCAGUCAGGCGGCUUCACACAACAACUCCCAAUCACACGUCAGAGGCGGUUUCAUUAUUUAAAGUUGAAUCAAGUGGAGAAGAAAGUUUUUGCGACCGAGACAGUGUUGCCUAGGAGCUCAUAGGUGGUGAACCUAGUUGUUUUGCACAGUUUAUCGCACAGUUCCUACGGAUAUAAUUUUUCUAAAUCAACUAUGCCCCAAACCGUGACACUGAAGGGACCCUCACCUUGGGGGUUUCGACUGGUCGGUGGAAGGGACUUUAGUACUCCGUUAACUAUUUCGAGGGUAACACCGGACAGUAAGGCAGCACAGGGGGACCUGUGUCCUGGGGACACCAUCCUGGCCAUCAAUGGCGACAGCACAGAGACCAUGACCCACAUGGAGGCCCAGAACAGGAUCAAGGCCUGCACGGGGGAGCUCACACUGGCCGUCAGCAGGUGUGAAGACAAAGUCUGGUCUCCAACUGUUAUUGAAGAUGGCAAGACCAGUCCAUUCAUGGCUACGUUGGAGUCUGAGUCCCCACAGAAUUUCCGACCAAUCAGCACUGGACCAAUCACCGGUGGAUACAUCAGUGGCUACAGCAGCGGUCACAACGGCAGUGGAUACAGCCGAAAACCCUCCUACAUCUCCGAGGCGCCGCACCUCAACAACGGCACCUUCAAGCAGCUCAACAACAUGCAGUACAACAACCCAGCCGGCCUGUACGCACACAACAAUGGCAGCAAUGGAGACCGAGACAGGGUCUUGCCAAAACAAAUGGGCAGCCUGAGUCUGAGCUCCCCACACAGCCCUGAGCCUCCGACGCAUUCUCCUCUGGGACGUAAUGGGAACGGUCCUAGUUUUGAAGUCACCACAGAGUCAGACGUGUAUAAGAUGCUGCAGGACCCAGAGGAGCCAGCCUCUGCACCCAAACAGUCCGGCUCCUUCAAAUACCUACAGGGCAUACUGGAGGCAGAGGAUGGAGGUGUGUCCCCCACUGACAGGUCUGGAGUGAGAAGCCUAAGGUCCCCAGUUCAAUCCCCAGUCCCUAAAUUGGGCAGCCCCAUUCCUGGUCCCAUGGGCCCCAUGCCAGGCCUACAGAAACUCCCCCAGUGCACGCGCUGUGGCAACGGCAUAGUGGGCACCAUCGUGAAGGCCAGAGACAAACUGUACCACACAGAGUGCUUCAUGUGUGAUGACUGCGGCCUGAACCUCAAGCAGAGGGGCUACUUCUUCAUUGAGGAGAACCUGUACUGUGAGACCCACGCCAUGGCCCGUGUCCAGCCUCCUGAGGGAUAUGACGUGGUUGCAGUCUACCCCAAUUCCAAGGUUGAACUGGUCUGAGCUGGUCAGGCUUUAAACAUGACCCCCCCCCCCCCCCCCCCCCCCUCAGUCUUAUCCACAGCUCCCAGCAGGCAGCAAGGUUUUCCAAUCCAAUGCGCUACAUAUCCAAGCUAUCGCCGGAAAAGAUCAUGUCAGUUUAGAGUGGGAGAGUGGUGUCCAGAGGUUUCUAGUCUCUCUCUAGCUCUUUCACACAUAAUGUACAGCAUGCUAUUCAUUUUUUCUGACAGACCUUACAUUUUUACUCCUGCUGAGUACAAAAAAAAUGGAGGGCUUUUCUUUGUCAAGAGCACUUUUAGAUCUUGUUGAAACAUAAGCAAUAUUCAACAGAACGACAUCUCACAUCUGGGGGUGGUGUUCUAUUUUUAACCCUGCGGACUAAAAUGCAGUUAAUGGAAUUAGGGUCAAGCACCUGACUGAGAAUGGAAUUGAACUUUUACUGCUUCUCACAUGGUUACUACAGUUAAAGAACACCAGCUUUAUUACAGCUGGUGAAAUACAUUCCAGUGCCACAAGACAAAGCCUUUUGUAUCUCCACUGUUGCAGUGUUUAAAAAGCUGUGGGGAGUAGAGUCCCAAGACAAGGACAUGGAAAACAAUGACUCUAGGAUCUAGCCUGUGAAUCUAGGAACAUGCGGGAAUAAUCCAUCUGUUUAGGUUCUUUGGCACAUUCUGUAGAAACAGACAGUGCUUGUUGGCUGAGAGCCGGUAUUUGAAAGUGUAUUUUGUUUUCUUGUUUGAUAUAUAUAUCACAGCCAAGUCCUCUGAAUUAAUCAGACUUCUACAUGUCCAGGGAGGGCAUUUAUGUGCUUUUGGAAAUUAUAAAAAUAUUCAUGUUUGCAACAGUCUCUUCCCCUGAAAUUGUAGGAUGAAUUAGGAUGAGGAUUGUGGACCUGUACAGAAUCAUGCAGCCUGAGGGACGGCAAACAGUAGUUGGAUGAAAAGUGCUAUUUGUAAAAUAUUUGAUUCUUUAAAAAAAAACAGUUUUAAUUGUAUUUUAACUAUCUUGAAGUGCUUGUUAUUCAAUAUCCAUCAUGACCCUAACGUUUAGCUACUGGAAUGCCAACUAGGACAGUAGUUUGUAAAUUAUGUGAAAUUAUUUUGGUGUUUUUAAGUUCUAAUUGUACAUAUUUGUUUCAUGUCUAACAAACUUAACUAGUCACUGCCUUCACAUGUCUGUCCUUUUUAAAUGCUUACCGUGUGUAGUCACAGAAUCCCCUCGUGUUUAACUUAUUGUUUUGUAGACACAUUUCACUCUGGUUUCUUCUAUUUGUUUUUUAAGAUAUAAUAAAGUGAGAAAUAAAUCAAAUCAUACUCAUGA